AGAAAACUUUCUGGAGGUUGCGACUUGUAGAUCAAUUGAGACAUGUUUUUGACUCCACAUUUUAAACCUUAGUGCGAAACCGACAUGUCGUCGACUUCAGAAAUUCUUAUCUAAUAAAUGAUUACUGCUCUCUCCACUGCCCUUUCUGCUUCUCCUUCAGGUGGACGCUGCAAGUACACCGGUCAAUCUGUGAGAGCUGUGCCAAUACGCGUUUUAACUGUGGGGAAGAAGAGGUCUCGUGGCGUACAGCUUCUUGUUGAUGAGUAUAUUGAUAAGCUCAAGAACUACUGUCAUGUUGAAGAUGUUCAACUGCGCUCAAAUCCGAGAAAUGCGCGGGAUCCGAAAGCUCAGGUUGAUGAUGAAGACGUGGCUGUCGUGAAUCUUCUCAAGCCUGACGACUGGGUUGUGAUGCUGGAUGAGAAUGGGAAAGAGUUAUCCUCCGAGCUGAUGGCUGAGUUGGUGGCAGAUGCAGGCAAUACAGUUUCCAGUUGUCACCAUGCUCCAAUUGUUUCUGGAAACAACUUUAAUAGAGCUAUCGGGAGUGCUUCAAGAUUAUCAUUUUGCAUUGGUGGACCGUAUGGCCAUGGACAACAGCUGCGACAACGAGCUAACUUAUCAAUCAAGCUUUCCUCCAUGGUAUUAAAUCAUCAAAUUGCACUACUUGUGCUUAUGGAACAACUUUACAGCCAAGAUCUCUGUCCGUCUUGCCCGGCACCUAGAAUCUACUCAAACCUCAUGGCUUAUGGCUGCAAAAUGUUCUGAAAUUUCAUUUCUGGACAUUAAAUUUGUACUUUAAGCGGCCAUUUUGAAACUUUUGAAAUCAAACCGCUACUUUCUUUCACACAUUUACUUCAAAAUCCAACACUAACACCCAACUCACUCUGCACCAUCUUGCAUUUUAAAGUUAAAAUACUUAUUCUCAAUGCAUUUUUGUAUUAAUUUUAGGUCAUGGACUAUUCUAAAGGGUCAGAAGUACCAUCAUUAGCAGCAGCAGCAGCUCAAAUGCCAGCUUAGCGGUAUUUUUCCUUUAAUAUGUUAGAUCUUUAGCUAUCUAUUUCAUCUUCACAAUGGAAGGAAAGUUUAAGUUUGUGUAAAAAUGAUCUCUUAUUGCCAUUAUUGUAGGAAAGUUUGUUGCUUAUUUUGUCCAGAGCAUUUCCCUCCCGAUCUUUUGUGUACGAAUAUAAAUUGGUCAACUACUAGUAAGUGUAAGUUCUAAUAGGUCAAAAAUUUUAACCUCAUCUUAAAGAAAUUAAUAGAUGUCUCAACCAUUGUUGUGUACCAUAUUUGCUCUUGGAUGCAUGACGAAAUGGAGCCUCGAGGUGGAGAUUAACUAUUUCCGUCAUCAUUACACUUGAUUUCUUCUCUUUUCUUAUGGGGGGAGAUAGGAGACUCGUUUAUGUUAGUUUACUAUGAUGUUGUAAUAAACAUUACAAGAAUCCAUGAGAUGUCAAGAUAUUUGUGUAUUUGGCAAUGUGUAUUUAAUUUGUUUUUGUGGGCUCUUCUA